ACCAUGUAGUUACCGGUUUGACCUUGACGGUGCUUAAAUUACUGGGGGCAUUUAGUCAGUUUUUUUUAGAUUGGUUUCAAACAAAACAUGCCGUCUGCGUAUCGAUUACGACAUGCCCGCCCUCUAGCUGGCUGGUUUGUGACUGGUCUUUUUACGUUGCCAGUUUGUGGUAAGAAGCCACAAGACAUGGCUACUGGUGGGUCACAUAGUAUAGUGGAAUAUCUUGGAGGAGAUGAUGGCCAUCGUUGUGGUUACUGCAAAAACAAAAAGGGCAAUUUUUCACACGGUAUGUGGUCUCAUGUGAUGACAGUUCAGGACUACCAAGAUCUGAUUGACAGAGGGUGGAGAAGAAGUGGCAAGUAUGUUUACAAGCCUGCCAUGAACAAGACCUGCUGUCCACAGUAUACUAUCAGAUGCCAUGCCUUGAACUUUCACCCAUCAAAAACGCAUAAGAAAAUAUUGAAGCGGAUGAAGAAAUUCCUCUCUAAUGGAGAGUUGCCAUUGGGCCAGCCUCAAGAUGCUUGUGGAGGUGUGUUUGAAGAGAUCAGAGACUUCCUAAAGCCUCUUUCUUCCUCGGUCCAGCGGACAGUGACUAUAGCUGCUGGAAUAUCCUACUCGUUUUUCUCAGGGGAGCCGAUGGAAAAGAUGUUGGAAGAGGACGGCAGUGUGCCUCCGGUGGAUCCUGCAAUAGUGCAGCGCUCUGAGGUGGAGCCUCCCGUAGGCCACAGCAGCCCCGAGGAGAGCAGGGACGGCAAAGCCGCAGUGCUGGACGCCUCCAAAGCAGCAGCAGCAGAGUGUCCUCUAGCAGGGAAGGGCUCACGGAUCCCACCUAAAGCAGGGGUAGGAGCAGACCCCAGCAGGCCUCCAUGUCGGAAAGCAAAGGAUAUCCGAAAAGCACGGCGGCUACAGAAAGAACACCAGAAACAAGAACAUGGAGGUGUCGCGACAACUCUGAACCCUGCGCCCUCCAACCCAACAUAUAAUCAGGCCAAAGGUUUAGAAGAAUUCAUUUCAGACUUGCUACCCGAUGACCUCCUUCAUAACCUUGAGGUGAGGCUAGUACCGGUCAGCUUUGAAGACCCUGGCUUCUUAGCAUCCUACAAACAAUCAGCAGCACUGUUCGCCCGUUACCAGAUGGCUACUCACGGUGACUCUCCAUUCGAAUGUGAAGAAGGCCAGUUUAAGAGGUUCCUCUGUGACUCACCACUAGAGGCUGAGACGCCGCCUGAUGGCCCUAAUGUGGGCUAUGGCUCCUUCCAUCAGCAGUACUGGCUGGAUGGCUGCCUCAUUGCCGUCGGGGUCAUCGACAUCUUGCCCAGAUGCGUCUCCUCCGUCUACCUUUACUACCACCCGGACUUUGCUGGCCUCUCACUGGGCACCUACUCUGCCCUCAGGGAAAUUGCCUUCACCAGACAGCUGCAUAAGCAGUCACCCAAGCUGGCCUACUACUACCUGGGCUUUUACAUCCACUCCUGUCCCAAGAUGCGCUACAAGGGUCAGUACCGGCCUUCGGAUCUUCUGUGCCCAGAGACCUACACGUGGGUACCCAUUGAGAGGUGCAUCCCCUGGCUCGACACCUCUCCUUAUGCCCGACUUGCCGAAGAUAACCAAGCAGGGGAUGCUGUUGCACUCAGGAACCUGGGCAAGACUCUGGUGCUGCACAGGAGGGCUAUCAUGCCGUACACCACCUACAUCCAGAAGCGCAAGGGCCCUACCGACGAGAAGGAGGUGCAGCAGUACGCCAGCCUGGUGGGCCAGACAUGUGCAGAGAGGAUACUGCUCUACAGGGCCUAAAGUGGCCAUCUCGUCUAGCCUCUGGCAGCUUCUUGCGCUCUGUUCCUCACCCCUCUCUGUCUGCCUAGUCACCCUUCUGUCUAUCUGCUAGCCGUCUCUUCCCCACAAUGCUGUGCGGCAUCCUCUGUCUCCAUGACGAUCAGUCCAGUUUACCUCCUCUGCUUUGAGUUUAUUUUCGCUGUGGCCAUCUAUAUCUAUAAGCUCACAAAGCUUGUAGCCCAACAGCACAAGACUCAGUGCUGCCCUUCUGUUGGAUUACCUGUCCAGUAACUGUCAGCUUUCCUGAAAUUGUCUGCAUUCAAAGAUGUUCAAUGUAAUCAGUCAUGCUAAUACAGUCUGAAAUGUCUGAACAUGUAAUUUGAUUCAUUUACUAUUGAGCAGUAUACUCAAAGCAGAUUUUUUGUUUUCCUUUUCUGUUUCAUAAAAACUUGGGUAUCUGAUAGGCCUCAGGUAGGGGCAAUUAGAUCUGCUUUAGCCUCACAGUCCAACAUUCAUCCCCAUCAUAGCCUUGUACCCAGCUAGCUUGUGUUCUGGUAUAGACCAACACAAGCGACGCUGAGAGUCAUCCAUUAGCUCCCCACGGCACGUCUGCUAACCAGAGACGGGGAAUUGUGCAGCAGAGCAAAGCUUUAUGAAGCAUGGUGUAAGAGUAGAGUGGUGAUGAUGGGGGAGAGCUGUGCUCUCACCAGCUUUACAGUGGCCACGUCCUCGCUCCAAGCCCAGAUCUACACUACACAUGGCUGCACCACAUAAUAACAGUAGUCGUGACACGAUGCUUGACAUAUUGCUGAUUAGUUGUGUUUGUGCCAGGGCUAUGAAGGCCUAAGGGACUGUCAUGGUGAAGUGGUCUGGAAGUGACGUCACAACAGAGACCCCUUAGUGACAAGUGUUGCAUUCUGACUGUAUUUUUUCCCCCCAUUUGACAGCACAUUUUCUUUUGAUAUUCUGAUAUAUUCUUUUUGUUGGAAAAAAAUAAAUAUAUAAAAUUA